UUCUUUUUUCUUUUUUUUUGCAGAAAAUAGCAGUUGAACGCUUAAAUUAGACAUAUAAAUAACUUAAAAUGAUUUAUUCUUUGUAGUUAUGCAACCGUUCGUCAUCACAGAUUGUAGGGGAACUAUCUCAAUAUUACUGGAGCAAACGUCAUUUCCGGUAUGAACCACGACAACCCGGAAGUUUUCACUGCAGGUAUGCCACGGUACUGCGCUGUGAGAGUCUGCAGAAACCGCGGGGGGACUGCAUCCAGACACGACAACAAGAGGAUCAGCUUCUACCCGUUUCCAUUGCAAGACAAAUCCAGGCUUCAGAGAUGGGUGGACAACAUGAACCGGGAGGAGUGGACCCCGAGUCGACAUCAGUACCUGUGCAGCGAACAUUUUACAGAGGACUGCUUCGAUAUUCGAUGGGGCAUCCGCUACCUGAAGAACACAGCCAUCCCGACCGUGUUUCCCUCCACUGAGGAUGGUGGUGAGAAAAAAAGUACAAGCAUUAAAAGAAGCCCUAAGGCCAAACAAAUGACUUUUGACAUUGAGCCGACAGAAUUUGACUCUCCUCUCAGCAAGAGGCCGCACAUUUUGAGCAGAACAUGUAAAAAGGUCCAGCCAGGCACAACAAACAGCGCUGUUGCAAAAGACACAGGGAUGAUAUUUGAACUACCUUUGGUGUCGGACACUGGGAUCUCCUGUCAUUCAGAUCUCUCAGAGAUACGGACUGCUCCAUGUGAGUUACCGGUUGAAAGUGGAAGGCCAACAGGGUCCUGCAUCGCACUCUCGCCAUGCAACGAGCCCCAUCCAAAGGAGCAGGCGGACUCGAUUGGGACUGUGUGGUGCUGUGAGGCACUGGGCCCUUUCUCGGAUGGAGAGGAAAACAAGGAUGCAGCAGCUCUCCAAGCAGCGCUGGGCCAGACUUAUAGCUUUGUCCCUGUGGAAAUAGUCAAGGGCGAACCCACCGCCUGCUUUUUGGAGGAGAGGGGACCCUGCGAGGGAGAACACAUUUCUGUUUACGAGCACUCGUACUGCAGAUCGGACACGGACAAAGAUCAGCUUUGGCGUAAGAUCUUGAGUUUGCAUGCAAAGAUCUUAGAACUGGAUCGCAGAGAGGAGAGCACCUUUGCCAAAAUCCGUGCUCUGGAGACUGAGGUAGCCCUCCUGAAGGGAAAUGGUGCCGUAUUUAAAGAGAAGCAGAACAUUUUGGAAGAUUAUAUAUCGUCGAUGUUGCUCUGAUUUUUCACGCUACGGACUCUGAAAUGAGAUUGUGACAUUGAAUCCCUUGCUGGAGUGUGACACAUGCUCCUAUACAUAAAGCACAGCAGUACAAACAGAGUCUUAUAAAACUCUAAUGAACGCUUUGUUCUGCAACAAUGCUCUCAUAUCCAUGUGACAAUAAGCCUUUUUUCACAGCAAACAUUUGACAUGUUACAGCAGGAAAAGCACAGGUGUAUUGUUAUUAGUCAGACCUGUGUUUUCCCUGCUAUGUCAAGUCAAAAUGUCUGCCAAGAGAAAAUUUAGAAAUUACCAGUUUUUGUCCACAUGGUGGCACUGUAUGACCAUCUUCACAGGAAGCUUUUCAAAACCUUCAUUGAAGCAUUGAUUUAUAGCAGCUUGUUGCUGUGCAUCACUGAUACGUGUUUACAGUUGACAUGACAUGUUUACAUGAUUGGAUCUCAUUUGUGAUGAACACAUUAUCCUGCCUUAUUAAUGACUCACCGUGAAUUAGGUUUGAAACCGUUUUAAUACCUUGAUAAACAACUGGCAAAAAAAUAUUUCCUCAUAAGCUCUGAUAUAUACUUGACUGGAACAGCAACGGCUUGCUGUGUUGAAUCACAUCAAAAAAACAACAUCGUUUAGACAUUUAAUGACUUCAGUGUUCACUCGCAAUCAUGUCCACGUAAGCAGAGGCUCAUUAUAUUUCUGUGCGGGCCUUGAUUGCCAAUACCCCCCCCCAUCUCAUUCUGUGAGAUCUCCUGCCAGUCCGACAAUAUUCUGCCUCACAGAAGAAUCAUUGAUGGAUUUACAUUUAAGUAGAAUAAAGUGUAUCGUACAUGUGUUUCUUAAAGCGUGUGCUUCUCAGGGGGCUGUGUUUGUGUCCCCCAUGUCCCUGGUGAUUGUUUUAAACCCCCAGAAUGACAUGAACAUGAACCAGUUGCAGGAUUUAUUUCCCACUUUUCAACCCUUGGGCUCUGAAUUAGUCAUGAUAGUAUUUUGGCCAAGCAAGGUACCUAAUCCUAUUUGAAGCAGUUUUCCAGAAUAAAAUGCGCCAUCGGCUGUCUCUGCACUGUAGCAGGCCUGGUUACAGAGUCUGUGGAACAGUGAAGGGUGGAUGUGACCAUGUUAAGACAUUGUAUUUUUGAAUCAUUCUUUUUUUAAAUCAUUUAUAAUACAGGCUAAAAAGGCAGUAUAACUUCAUGAUGAUGGCAUGAUGGGGUUUCUGCUUGUGAGGGCAAAUGCAGUGAUCUGAAAUGUGACUGAGAGGCAGUGGAGAGGGUGAAAUGGUUUCAAAUCAAUUUAAAGGUAAUUGAUUACACGUGUGAGAUGAUUUGUGAGGUGCAAUUUUAAAAUGACUCCACGGUUUUGCAUCCUAUGAACAUGAUACAAGUCGACAUUUCUCUGCAUGGCAAUGAAAUGGAAUUGUAAAACUCAACAUGAAAUGACAUGUGAUGCACUGUGAUGACAAUCAAUACUUUCACUUAGCUCUAUACAAUUUGUUUUUUUUUGCCAAGAACGGCGGAGUAAUAAUACUUUGUUCAGAAAUGUGCAAUAUUAAGAAAGUUACAAAGGCAUUCACAGACGGGGUAAAGGUAAAAGAUCAAUAAAAAAGGAUUAUGUAAUAAAUGUUCAUUAUAAAAUGGCAUAGCAAUCAAUACAUAGGACUGAACAAUAAGAAUAAAAUGAGCAAAAGUAAAAGAUGACAUAGCUAGAAGGCCUUAUGAUAGACUGUAGUCCAUUUAAAAUUUGUUUUGAAAGACAAAACCUCAUUAUGGUCCUUUUCCCUUUUAGGAAGGUAAAUGACAAAUUCCAACAGGUGUUUCACAUCUAUGGUAAAUAAAAAAUUAGGAUUCCUCGGUUUAGUGCAGGCAAAAUUAAAUGGGUGCCAAUGCUGUAAAUAAUAAAUAAAUGAUCAUUUACACUUUAUAUUUAGAACUGUAUUUUUUUAAGUUUACUUAAGAUCAGACAAAAAGGGAUAGGUAGUACAAGCAGAUAGAUGCAAAUAAAUGUGCAGUUUACAUUUUAAUAACAUAAACAUUUACAAAAAAUAUGGCAAACAUGUCGUGGAUGAUGUAUAACCUGGUAUUACGUUUCUCUGUAUAUGUGUAGAAAGAAAAUUCAGAUUUUAUUUCUUGACUGCUUUUUCUAAUGCAGGUUUACUUUGAAAAUCCUUUUUCCUCUAGCACCGAAUAGAAUAAGGUUUUGCACUCAGUACGAGGUUUAUCUCUCGGGAAAAGAUGCCGGCAUAUUUCAGUAUGCAUCAAGCAGCAUUUCUAAGCUUGUUCCCUGGCAAACUAUUCUGCUAAACAUAUAAAACAGAUGCU